AUGUCACUUUUACUCAACAACCCAGAGGUGCUUAAGAAGGCCCAAACCGAAAUUGACACCAAGAUAGGGGAAUCCAGACUGAUUAAUGACACUGACCUUUCUGAGCUUCCCUAUGUCCAAGCAAUCAUCAAAGAGACACUCCGAAUGUUCCCAGCUGCCCUAAUCCUACCAACACACGAGUCAUCAGCUGAGUGCACUGUUGGAGGUUUUCGUGUUCCCCGUGGCACGAUGCUAUUGGUGAAUGCGUGGGCAAUACAAAACGACCCCAAUUUAUGGGAAGAACCCACAAAAUUCAAGCCUGAAAUGUCCAUCAGUCUAGGAGUAGUAAGAGAUGGCUUCAAGUGGAUGCCAUUUGGGUAUGGAAGGAGAGGUUGUCCCGGGGAGGGUUUGGCAAUGAGAGUGGUUGCAUUGGCAUUAGGAUCACUGAUUCAGUGCUUUGAGUGUGAGAGAGCUGGCGAAGGGCUUCUGGACAUGAGUGAAGGGGCAGGACUCACAAUGCCAAAGGCUCGGCCAUUGCUGGCAAAAUGCAGGCCCCGCCAUUCCAUGGAACACGUACUGUCCCAACUUUGA